CCGCUCCCGCGUUGUGAUUCAACUGGAGAAAGGAUAAAGUGUCCAAACACAGAGAAAAACUCCUGCUGAAGCAACUGAUCUCCACACUGUUUUAAAGAUGGCGUUUAUUAAAGUGGAGACUGAAGACCUAAAGAUUGAAGAAACGUUCACAGUCAAACAGGAAGAUCUGCAGGAACAAACAGACCUGAUGGUGCUGAAAGAGGAGACUCAUCAACAGAAUGAAAUAGAAGAGAAACAGCAGAAACCCCCAAAAAUAAUGACUGAUGAAAAACCUACACUGACUAAAAAGACUUCAUCACACGGAAGACCUCGGAAAUCCAAAUCUGGGUGUAAUUUUAGCUGUAAACAGUGUAGAAAGAGUUUCAGUCAAAAGUCAAACCUUGAUGUUCACAUGAAAGUUCACACUAGGAAGAAACCUUGCACUUGCAAACAGUGUGGAAAAAGCUUCAAUAGUACAGGAAACUUAACCAGGCACAUGAGAAUUCACACUGGGGAGAGGCCGUACAUGUGCCAACAGUGUGGAAAAAGCUUCUAUCAUGCUGGAAACUUGGCAGAGCACAUGAGAAUUCAUACCGGAGAGAAGCCUUACUCUUGCCCUCAGUGUGGAAAGAGUUUUAGGCAAAAUGGCACCUUUAAAGUCCACAUGAGAAUUCACACUAGGGAGCAACCUUACAGCUGCGAACAGUGUGGAAAGAGUUUUGGUCAAAUACAAGACUUUAAAACCCACAUGAGAAUUCACACCGGAGAGAAGCCUUUCAGCUGUAAACAGUGUGGAAAGAGUUUCAGAAAAAAGCCAAACCUUGAUGUUCACAUGAGAGUUCACACUGGGGAGAAACCAAACACCUGCAAACAGUGUGGAAAGAGUUUUAGUCGAAAACAAAGCCUUAAAACCCACAUGAGAAUUCACUCUGGGGAGAGGCCGUACACAUGCCAACAGUGUGGAAAAAGCUUCUAUAAUCCAAGAAGCCUUGCACUGCACAUGAGAAUUCACACUGGGGAGAGGCCGUACACAUGCCAACAGUGUGGAAAAAGCUUCUAUAAUCCAAGAAGCCUUGCACUGCACAUGAGAAUUCACACUGGAGAGAAGCCUUUCAGCUGUAAACAUUGUAGAAAGAGUUUCAGUCUAAAGCAGAACCUGAAUGUUCACAUGAGAGUUCACACUAGGGAGAAACCUUACACCUGUGAACAGUGUGGAAAGAGUUUUGGUAAAAAACAAGACCUUGAGAUCCACAUGAGGAUUCACACUGGAGAAAAACCUUACACAUGCACAGAGUGUGGUAAAAGUUUCCCAUAUAAAAGCACACUCAAACACCACAUGAUAAGUCACACCGGACAGAAGCCGUUUGUAUGUGCUCAGUGUGGAAAGAGCUUCACAACCAAAACUAACCUUAAGAACCACAUGGAUGGUCACACUGGAACCAUAGUGUUCACAUGUGAUGAGUGUGGAAAGAGUCUCACACGCAAAGACACCAUUAAGCAACACAUGAAGACUCACUCAGGAGAGCGUUUUAGAUGCAGUGAGUGUGGAAAGGGCUUUAAACAUAAAAGAAGCCUCAGCACUCACAUGAAGCUUCACAAUAGAGAGCAGCGUCCUCAAAAAUGAGUCCUUGUCCACACAAACACAGGUAUAUUCAAAACGGCGACUUGUUCAUAUAGUUUAGCUGUUCAUUCAUGUGAAGUUUAUUUAUAAACUAUUUUCGUUUUCCCCGGGUUCCCAUAUUUCCUCCCACAGUCCAAAACACACGAGCUAAGUAAACUGAACAUUCUAAAUUGGCACCAUAGUCGAGCUCUUAGUAAGCCGUAUAUCUCUCUUUAGCCAUUCCUAUAUGUGUCAUUAGCACAGAAACAAGUCUGGGGAGUUCAUCAAGA